CAUCAGCGUCCUUUUAUAAAUUAAAUUAAUUGUCAAUCGGUUGUUAACCCUCCUUUUUCAGACCUUUGGUUAGCAUCUGCCUGAUUCACUUUCCUCAACUUAGAGCUUCAGCCAUUCCCAUAGAGAUCUGUUACCAUAGCCACAGGCGGACAUUCUGUGGGUAUUGUGAUUCAGUGGGACUCAUGUAUGCCCCCUUGGCAUGAGGGUGUGGGUUUCAAAGGCAGUCAGAUGGAGAGGAAUUGGCUAAGAAUCCACACCUGCACUUGACUGAAUGAAUAGACCCGAAAAGGUGGAGCUAUUUGUGACUGACUUGUUUAUUGUUUAUUUGUUGUGCAUCUGGAUGGCAGAUGUUAUCUGUUUUCAGCAGAACAUUCACCUUCAAACAAAGGUGGUCUGCCAAACCAGAACCACUCCUUAAAUCUAGUUAAUCUUACUAAAAAAGGAGAGGUGGAGUCUCCAAAGUGAUUCUGAUACUGGCGUGAAGAGUGAGGGGAAAAAAAGUGUUUGUUUCGUAACUUUCAUUUAUUUCCAUCACUUUGAGCUAGAUCCAGUCCACUCCCUGCUCUUACAGGAUUUUACUUGUGUUUUGAGGGCGAUGCUCAACCCAGACUCACAUUCUGAGAUCCGAGAAACCACAAAUUCUUCUUAGCGGUCUGCUUCCCAGAACAGAAAUGGUACAAGAUGAUUCUCUUCAGUCUGUCUGUUAAUUCCUUAGAGAUCUUCCUGAAAUUGUCAGACCGAAUGAAUGGAUUUCCUUAUGGCUUCCACAGCACUCCUUUUACUUUGAUGAAGCCGACAGACACUCUUAUAUCAGUUCCUCCUGUAGUCUACAGUAGGUGGAACGUGGGAAAAGAUUGAGAGCUGUUUUGGGAAAUGACCGCCACAAAUAUCCAGGAGGUGAACACCAGUCGGAAGUGACAACUCCAAUCGGAAACCUCUCGAGACCAAGAAUAGGCAAAGGAUUUGUGGAGUAAAUAAGACACAAACACAUAUUCAUUUGGUCAUGUGUCUGUACGGAAGAGUUGCGCUUCCUGCUUGUAUUUCUCCAGUCCAGCUCUUCCUGAAAGAGUUGGCUGGGAGGAGCUAUGUAGGAAAGAGGGAGGAGUAGGAGGAGGAGAAGUAUUUGAGUUGCCGUGUCAGUCACACACACAGACUCUCACACAAAUUCACUGGAGCGCCGACUCUUUGCUGAGCUCCGUUCUUCAAAAGGCUCGACAGCCUGAGAGCUUCAUCCUGCUCUUGGAAAACACUUGUCCUGGAAAAGAGUCCAGGAUUACAAGAAAAAGAGAAUAGGAUUUUUAAGGAGUGUUUUACAAGUCUGGGACGUCUGGAGUUUGAGAGGAAGGAACCGAGUCACCGUGUUUCACCAGAACUGUUCUGCUAACCUUUCAGCUGCAAGGAGCUCGCUUCAGGAUCUGCUCCGUCCUGGUGGGUCACUCAGCCGGACUGAUGUGGAAUGCGACCCUUUAUGACCCCAUCCCACGGGCCUCUAUUCAAUGAGCCGGACUGGGGAGAGAACAGAUAAUAGAAGGAAGAGGCCAGCACACAAAAAAAGAGUGGAGUAACAGCAGCAGGAGUGUUCAGACUGGUAAGAAAGUUAAAGGGGUCGUUGAAGGUGGGGAAAAAGAACUUAAAAUACAAAGGAAAAGAAAUAAAGAGACCUGUGACUACAAAAGUCUUUCUUGGGACUGCAAGACAUUCUUGAACGCAACCGAAACUUUGACCCUUAGCCUGCAUUUCACCUCUUAAAUUAAUCUCACUGCUUACAAUCAUGCCAGUGGAGACCCUUCGUCCCACAGAUGGCCGUCUUACUGGGGGUCCCUUCACCUCUGCCAUGCCUUUCCGAAUCCUCAACAAAGGCCCGGAUUACUUCCGUAGAGUGCCCGAACCAGGAACGCGGAAGCUGAGUGCAGUUGAGCGCCUGGAAGCAGACAAGGCCAAGUACGUAAAGAGUCAGCAAGUAGCACUCAAUAAACAAGAACCGGUGAAACCCCCAAUCAUCCGCAAACCGCUAUUAUCACAAAGCAUGAUGAUGCAGUGCAGAAUAAACACUCCACCAGCAAGGAAGAUUACUCGGCGCCAACUUGAGACGGAGAACCGAGGAUCGGACCAUGGCAUGAGCAGAGGACCACAACUCAACCUUGAAGUACUCAAUAAUCUAAUCAACGUCUGCGAUGGACCACUUGCAUCUUCACCUACCCCAUCCUCUCCUUCUCCCUCAGCCUCCUCACCCUCUUCCGGAGGUCAGAGUGUUGGUAGUGGAGAGUCUGCAGAACCUCAGCACUGCAUUAACUUCAAACCACACCUUGGCUCAACGUCCAACUCCUCUCGCACCUCCUCUCCUCUUAACAAUCAGUCCUCACGUGCUGAGCCCAGCCGAAGGCCACCUCCGGUCCCAGCCAGAGCUCCCCGGCUGGUACCACAAGGUAGUUAUGGGACCCCCAACUCCGUAACUGUACGACGGGUGGAUGUGCGACCACAGGCAGAGAUCAGGAAACCUCAGAGGUUGCCUCUUCAACCCAAACCUAGACAAGCUCAAGUAGCUCAACCACAAAUAGCCCAGCCACAGGCACCUCCCACACAGCAGAAACCUUCGGGAACUCACCCUGCAUCCCCCUGCAUACCCCCCAGCCCGCUGCUUCUACGCCCUGGCGUUUUACCCCCGGCUUCCCCCGCUUUCACCCGCAUUUCCUCAGCCAGCUCUCGAGGGUCACGUCCCGGUUCAACCCGGAAGCAUCCCUCUCUCCACCGCUCCAAGUCAGACUUGAGCGACCGCUACUCUCGCGCCACAGCUGACCUGGAGCGCUUCUUCAACUACUGUGGACUGGACCCAGAUGAGGUGGAAGGAAUGGGUGGCGUGGAGCGGUUUGCCCGGGCAAAUUCAGACAUUGUUUCGGUCUCCAAGCUCCGGAGUGUCAGUACGCCUAGCUCAGAGUGUGGGGACGGUGGGGAUGGACGACGAGGAGAGGAAGAGGAGGAGGAUGAUGACGAUGGGCCUAUAAAGCCCAGUGAGCGUGUUCCUUAUGGCAUCUCGGUCAUCGAGAGGAACGCACGUGUCAUUAAGUGGCUCUAUGGUAUUCGACAAGCACGGGAUGCAUCACAAAACAUCUCCAAUGUCUAGAAGCUUCUCUCUGGUUGUCUACUCGGACAGAGACAAUAUAAAUAAGACAGAGACUUGCUGUAGUAUUCAGCUGAUGUCUAUCACACACCUUAUAUUUAUUAUGUUCUUGUUUGAAGAUGUUUAAAGGCUCUGACAAAUAUUUGUUUCGUUUGUAUUUGCCUUACUAUAUGGAUAAUGUUCAUGAUGUUUGUAACAUACAUAGAUACAUCCUGUCGUUUUUUGAGUAUCUGAUUAUCUGCAAGGAUAACGUACCUCUAGAUGCGGAAUACUACAGACUCAGCACUGUGACUUUGAUACAUUUUGAUUUUAAGCAAUAAGAUUAAUGCUAAAGGCACUAAAAGAGUGGAUGGUGAUGAGAAUGAUGAAAGCAGCAGUCGAUCUGCUGUGCUGGUGCCGUUCAGGUACAAAGUCUGUAUUAACAGCAGUGCUGUCGGACCCGUGGCCUAAGCUAAUUCCUGUAGGAACCAUUGUGUUCAUAGUAUUGGAAAUCAAGCAGGUACUUUCUAGUUUUAGAAAUCUUUGAAGAAUUGAAGAAUGAAUGAACCUAUUUAGGAUGCUUGUUUAUGAGGUCAUCGUUUGGUCUCGGUGGUAGUAAGACCUCAGGGACGUGUUUAAUAAGCCACACCUAGAACAGAGACACAGCAUGCAAAGUCCUAAAGUGCACACAUGUAGAAACUGAGACACAUACGAACCCCUGCUCACUGUACACACACUUUUGCUUCUUAGGUGUCAAAUUCACAAGUGCGUCAGAUGUUCAGUGUAGACUUUUUUUCUGAAGGCGAGGCUAUGAUACUGUGAAGAAUUUAGAGCUUCUACAGAGGCGCUGCUCCUCUGCAAACAUGGCUGGUAGACUGUUAAUGUUGAAUAUAAGUUUAGAAGUUCAAAAUAUAAGCAUGUGAAAGCCUCUUGUCAGCAUGCACACGUGGAUGUACAGCUGUAUUAUGUGGCAAAGCACAGUUGCACGAUGUGCACUUCUCAAACAUGCAUUCCAAAACAUAUGGACGUACAUUCCAUUCAGCUUAAUGUUUAUGUAUGAUUUGUGUGGGUUUUGUUUGUGACUGUUCCUUCUGCCUAUUUUUGUGUUUUGGAUAGGUUAUGUUUUAAACAGUUGUGUAAGACAGGUAAGGUUUGAGAGCUGACAGAACUGAGAGAAAGAGUGUUUGGCUCAAUACUCUCAGGGGAAUCAAAGCUGUUAAAUCAGUUUACUGCAGAGUUCUCACACCUGUAGUGAGAAAGGAAAGCCUUACAAAGAGAAAAAUGCAAUUUUGAUGGAAGUUGGUUGAACGUGCACAUAGACAAGUCAUGAAGCCACACAAAUGUUCACUUUUGGUUGAGAGUUUUUGAGAGAAAGAUUUGCUUUAUUAAAAAAAUGCACAAUAAUCAAAAUAUUUUUCCCCCUAGACUGUGCAAUCUAAAUAUAGCCAUAAAUGCAUGAAGAGGUAAAUGCAAAACAUGUAUUGACUGAAAUACAUUGCUCUGCCAGCACAUUCAAAAAGAAUACACAAAAAGGUACAAACCAAGGGUAACAUGGUGGUUCUGCUUGUUCUCUGAAGUUUACCAUUGACUCGGAAAGAGUCGAAUGCAAAAUCGGUCCUUUGAAGAUGUCAAUAAAGAUAUGUUUUUGAAAA